AUGAGGUUGAACGAAGCCCAGAGAAAGCUAACUGUUAUCGAAAACGAACUGUCUCGCUCGGAAAUUCGCAAGGAUACGGCAGUGAAACGAGUCGAGGAAUUGGAACACAUGAUCCGUACUGCUGGAGAAAAUCUUCGCAAACUUGAACAAGAAGAUGUGCUUGCUAGUGAGAGAGAAACCGACAGCCAGCAAAAAAUUCAAAUUUUGGAAGAAGAGCUGAAAGUUCAGAUAGAGAAAUGCGAAGAGACUGAGAGAUUGGAAAGCACAAAAUUGCGCUUAAUUGACGAACUGACCACGGACAUAGAGUUCUGGAAUUCAAAGAAGCUGAAACUGUUGAAUGAAAUAGACGCUAUGGAGAGUAUGGACUAG